GUCCUGCUGCCGACCUGACCUACUUGCUGUACCUCAGGCCAGGUACCAACACACCACAGGGCACAGCACCUGCUCCGUCCUGCCCUCAUUAAACCUGUGGGCGAGGCCUCUCCUGUCUUCCAUCUUGGGUACCACGGCCCUUUCUUCCUCCACCUCCAGUCCGGAUCCAGCAGGUCAAAGCAGAAAGAAGCACGAGACCCAGCACGAGAGGACGACGUUGACCACGAGAGAACGACAACGACGACGACGACGACGACAAAACAAAACAAACAAAACCCAUCCUCCUCUUGACAGCUCGGGAGCGCACAGCUGCGCACUACUGCAGGCGCGCAGCCCACUGCCGUCCAUCAACCGUCCUGCCAGCCUGCCAGCCGCAGAACCCCCACAGCAACAUCCCAUCCACGAGGCAGAGGCAUCGACGCACGACAGGCACAUCCUAGACGGGGCACGACAGCCCAUCAGCCAGUCAGCCGGUGCACCUGUUCACUGGUGGCCAGCACGACUGCAUCGCACCCCAUCGGGCGCCCUGAUCUAAGGUUUCGAAACCCUUGCGCUGCCCUGCCCUGCCUGGCGCCGAACGGGAGGCUGGGAACGCCCCAGCCAUAGUCUCCGGGAGGGAGCCCUGCCCAUAUAUCCGUAUCAUUCAAGGCCGUUGAAAAUGCCUACUAGCACUAGUUUACUCACCGGCCCAGUCCGGCUCAUCAGUCAUGACCAGCCCGCCGUCGACGCUCCCCAACAAGCAGUGACGAUUCCCUCGCCGCCCUACACUGCCUCCGCCGACCAAGACCAGCCAGACGCGCCUCAAUCGCCACACCUGACUGGCCAGCACCACCUACGCGCCGCCGCCAAUGAGAACAAAUCCAACCUCGCCGACGUGUCCACCGAUCUUUCCUGGUUGGGCCCCCUGAUAAUCGAUGACGGUGCCCUUGACCAUUUUGUCUCGCCCUCCACCCUUUCCGCUCCCGCUGCCGAGCCCGCGCUUGCGCCUGCGCCUGCGCCUGUGUCUGCACCCGAGCCUGAGACCGAGCCUGAGCCUGAGCCCGAGCCCAAGCCUGAGACUGAGCACGAGCCCGAUGGUGUCAACAACAGCCCCAAAUCCUCUGCCAAAACACCGCACCAGCCCACAAAUAACCACUCCUCGUCCCGCCUACAGCCCGCCGUCGACGUCACCUUAUCAUCCAACAAUAACAACACCACAACCAACAACAACAACGUCAACUUUCCAAUCCACCAGCGCAAACCAUCACCCGGACUCGCUGCGCGAUUAAAAGCACUCGGCCUCGGCACCCAACGGAAAACAUCACAACCCUCCGGUUUCAAAGAUCGCGAAAUUGGCCGCCUGCCCGAGGAGCAGCUCCGACAGCUCGACGAGUAUCACAAAGAACGCGCAAGACAACUCGAAAUUGAACGCAGGGGUCGCCCCUGGAAGGGUGUCGUCCGCAUCCCUUCCAAGGCGAGCCUGAAGUCGUCCAAGUCCAACAAGGACGCCAUCACCCCCGAGGACGACCUUCCCGGGGACGCCAGCAUCCCGCUGAUCAAGAUCCUCGACAGCCCAGCCGAGGAUCACCAUUCCGAGUUGCUCACCGAAUUCGAGGCCGCCGAACCUCCCACCAUGGAUACGAACAAGUUUCGUCUGCCCGAUCACACCAAUGGUAAUGGCACCAAGGUCACCUUGGACACGCGCAAGGAACACAUCGACCGCGACGCGAGGCCGUUGCCCUCACCUGAAGAGAGCCCGCCACCCGUGCCAGAGAAGGAUACGCCGCCCAUAUCCUCGCAGCCUUUUAACCCCGAAGACUACUUCAACCCGCUGGGGCUGCAGCGCGCAGGCUCCAUAUACACCAUCUCGCGCGCUUCCUUCGCGAAUCAGCUUGCUCAGUUGACCUCGCUGCAGCUGCCGGACGCCGAGUCGCUCGCUGGUAAGGUGGCAGCGAUUCCUACCGCCCAGGCCGCUGUGAAAGCACUGAUAGGCGCCGCCGAACAAAUCCGCAGCUGGAUCUACAAGGCAUCCGAGGUCAUUGCUGGGCUCGACAGCGACGAUGAUGUCGAGUGGUCUGCCGCUGGUGGCCGCGAAGGACUGGAGGAGGUGGAGGACGCGACAACACGGUUCGAGAAGCUCAUCAAUGUCUACGUGACCGCCAUCGAGGAUCUACAGGGUCGCAUGGACAUCGCACACGUCUCGACAGACGACCUCACCAGGGCAGUCAUGCAGAUGGAGGCCAUCACGGAGGAAUGGACCAACAUACGCUCCACGCUCCGCAACGUCCGUGGUCAGGUCGAGAUCGCCAUGGAAUGGGAAGAGCUCUGGAACGUGGUGCUUGGUGAGAUACAGACCGAGCUGGACGAGUUGAGUCGCUUGGUCUUCGAGAUGGAGGAGCGCCGGCACAAGUCAGCCAUGGCGAUUUCCAGCGGUGACGCGGUAGACAUCGGUGACUUGGCAACAAUCGCCGAGGAGACUCCACCGGCAGCAACGCGGGCGAAGGCUGCUGCGAACAAACGGUUCAGCUCGACCGGCUCUCCGUCAAGCCCUACCUCCCCUGGCGGGCCCACCGUCACCCAGGAUGACUCGGGCCUCCUCGCAUUGUUUGCCAGGAUGCAACCUCUGAGGGCGUCGUUGGACUUCCUCCCAAUGCGCUUGUCAGUCUUCGAGGCGCGAGCCCAGAAGUCGUUCCCGAGCGCAUGUGAUGAGCUGGAAAUGCGGAGAGAAGACCUCGAUGCCAGCUACAGGAAACUGGAGAAGGACGCAGAGGGGCUCCGCAAGGAACUAGGAGAAGACAGAUGGGUCCUUGUGUUCCGUGGUGCAGCCCGGCAGGCCCAGAAGAUGAUGGAGUCCGUGGAUCGCAGUGUGGCCAGGCUCAGAGAAGCAGUAGAUGCACGCAUGCACUUGACAAACCAGCCGGCGCUGCUCAAGAAGAUUGAGAGUUUCGAUGCCAAGAAGACGCACUACGGACCAGCAAUCGAUCGCGUCUUGUUCAUCAUUGACAGGGGCGUCAAGGACCGUCUCACAGUCAAUGGUGAGAUCUUGAGGCUGCACGCCGAGAUGCAGGCGAAAUGGGCGGACCUGAAGAACCAGAUCAAAGAGAUGGAUCUCACGCUGGACGAACUCCAUGCCGACAAGAGAGGAAACAACCUACGCGACUCCAUCUCGAGCAUGUUGUCGAAUGACUUUGCCUCCACCGUUGGAAGCGGAGUCGAGACUCCGCAGAGCUCCCCUCCCUCUUCAGUCAUCAUGUCGGGGCUGGGAAUAGACACGAGGACGCCGGGAAAGCCAGGUACGGCCACUCGUGCACGUCGCUCGUCGAGCAGUGUGAGUGGGCACCUGCAGCCCGGACGUCGUUCUGUGUCGGCGACAGCAACGCCCAGCAUUCCUCGAAAACCCGUCUCCAGGCUCUCAACAGUCAGCGGCCUCUCGACACCAAAACGCGAAGGCUCAGCCACCCCCACUACAAACCGGCACGCGGCCAGCAUACCGAGACCAGCCUCGACCAUGGCCCAGCGACCGAAGUGGAAUGCCAAUCCCCAUCCCAACCACGUCGAUACUGGCCACAAUUUCAAGCCUCUUACGCUCAGCACCCCAAGCCCUUAUGCAAAGACGACACCUAACCCUGUUCGCUCGCACUCGUCCCUUGCCGCACCCAUCGGCUCGAAGCUGCCCAUGAUGCGCAGUCCCUUGCGGGCUGACCCUUCGUCUCCGAGCCAAGAUCUAACACCGUCGAAGCCGCCCGCCAACAAGAUGUCUUUCAGAGACCGUCUGGCUGCACCUGGCCCCUACUCUCAGCAGACCACUUCCAAGUUCCGACCCGAGGGACCGUCGACUCGGCGUGCAACAUUACAGCCGCCACAGGCCCCCGUCCCCGGGCUGUACCAACGCCCGGCGAGCUCUCUCGCCACCACACACCGGCGAGGCAGCCUGCUGCCGCAGCCCAGAUUCAGGAAGGAAGAGAGCGCGCCCGGCCGGGAAAGCCCCAUGCCAUCUUCCUUCGGGACGAGGCUUGGGCUCAGGAGAGGAAAUAGCACUGCCUCAAACGACAAGGACAAGGACAAGGACAACAAGCCUCGUUGGCGACACUAGAACUAGCCAAAACUAUCGUCUCAUAUGAGGCAAUGGCAACCCCACACGCCCAGGACCCUCGUACGGCAGGAUGCUUCAGAUCUCAACUUUAUAUGCAAUUUUCAAUUAUUGGCUUUUUUAGCACGGCGUUCAGGGGAACUGAUGACUAUUGCGUGGGAAAAUGCGCCACGUGCCCAGAACAUCAAUCUACGUCUACUGAUAAAAUGGGUCACCGCUGGUUAUCAAGCCACCACAGCGUUGGUCAGCACUCACUGGCCACUGCGUUUCGGCGGACUCAAUCGAAUGAGGAGCAAAGGAAGAGUUGGAAAAGUCCGGUAUGGCGCGGCUCUAUUUCUGUCAUUCAUUGGUUUUUUUGAAGAUUAAUUGUUUUAUACCCCUGUGAUUUGCUAUUGACGGGGUUCAAGGCUGGAAGGAAUGGCGAUGGAUUUGAUACCACAUAUAGAGAGAGAAAAAAACAAAAUAUCCACACA